AUGAGAGAUUAUGGGAAUUUUGUGGGGUGUUUGAGGGAUGUUGUUUUUAAUGGAAAUGAAUUGAUUAAUGCUGAUUAUGGUGGGGCUUUCAAUAUUUCCCCAAUAUGUAUUUACCAAAAUUUAUGUCAACGGCCAACGACUUUUAUUAAUGGCAAUCAAGUUUGUGCUAAUAAUGGAACUUGUAUUGACCUUUGGGGCAGUUAUGUUUGUGAAUGUAAAAAGUACCUAUUUUUUGUAUUCAAUACCUGA